UGUCAACUGCACUUCUCUCUCGCUCCCGCAGUUCAACAUUUUUGGGUUGGAAAUUGGAAUCGAUGGCCGCGGCAGCCAUGAAGGUCCGCGAGAGGAAAAAGAAGGUGAUCAUCGACACCGAUCCGGGAAUCGGUCAGUAUCGUCCUUUCAUUCUCCUUGUUAGUUCUCGGGUUAGCACUGCGAUUGACUGUAACCCAGCCGGUGGAUCGUUCGUUCCCGUGGAGCAGACGACGCGAUGGCCAUCCUGGUGGCGCUGCGGUCGCCGGAGCUGGAGGUGCUGGGCCUCACCACCACCUUCGGCAACGUCCGCACCGCCGUCGCCACGCGCAACGCGCUCCACCUGCUGGAGACUGUUGGAAGAACCGACAUCCCCGUGGCGGAGGGAUCCCAUGUAGCACUCAAGAAGGACACCAAGCUGAGGAUCGCAAGCUGUUGCCACGGUUCAGACGGCCUGGGAAACCAGGGCCUCCCUCCGGCGACCGCGACGAAGCCAGUGGACCAGCCGGCGGCGGCCUUCCUCGUCGAGCAGGCGAACCUGUACCCUGGGCAGGUCACCGUCGUCGCCCUCGGCCCUCUCACUAACCUCGCUCUGGCUCUGGAGCUCGACCCUUCGUUCCCCAAGAAGGUCGGGCAGGUCGUUGUUCUUGGCGGCGCGUACUCAGUGAACGGGAACGUCAACCCUGCAGCCGAGUCGAAUAUGUUUGGGGAUCCUGAUGCGGCGGAUAGAAUUUUCACCUGCGGUGCCGAUGUUCUGGCCGUGGGAAUCAACGUAACGAAUCAAGUGAUCCUCUCUGAUGCUGACAGGGAGAAGCUCCAGCAGUCUGAUAGCAAAUACGCUCGCUACCUGUGCAAGCCUCUGGCCCAUUACUUCGAUUACCACAGGGAAGUUUACUUCACAGAAGGGGUGUACCUCCAUGAUCCGACGGCGCUUCUUGCUGCCGUGAAUCCUUCUCUCAUGACUUUGGCUGAAGGUGCCGUGAGGGUGCAGACGGCUGGGAUCACAAAGGGUCUUACGCUUUUCAGGAGUAACGACAAGAGGUAUGUGGAAAUGACUGCAUGGACUGGCAUGCCUACUGUGAUGGUUGCUGUCGCCGUCGAUGCCCCUGCCGUGGUAGAGCUGAUGAUGCAGAGGCUGAUGUCGGAUGAUUAUUAGCAUCAACAGCAAGCCAGGGAGGAUCAUCAUCCUUGCAAUUCAGCACCGAGCCACCCAAAUAGACUCCGGAAUGAAAUUGAUGUUGCAUUAUGCAUUUCUGGAAACAUAACAUCUUGUUCUCGCUACCUUGGGCGAUGAAGCACCUUUUAUUCUGUCGAAGAAUUACAGUUCAAGAAAGAAAAUUUGGAAGUGUGUAUCCUCUUUGUGGAAUAUUCUUGGCA